UGGCGGCUCUCCUCGGUCUCCUUCAUCGUGCCCUGCGUCCUGCUAAGCUAGCUAGCUGUCAGUCGCAGCAGCAUCACGCCCGGGACGCUCGCGGCUCCGCAGACUCCGCCUCGUUUUCACCUCCGCUGCACAGCACGAUGGCCGUCCCUCCGUCAUACUCAGACCUGGGCAAAGCCGCCAAGGACAUCUUCAGCAAAGGUUACGGGUUCGGUCUGGUGAAGUUGGACCUGAAGACCAAGUCCCAGAGUGGAGUGAUGGAGUUCAACACGUCCGGCUCCAGCAACACGGACACCGGCAAGGCGUCCGGCAGCCUGGAGACCAAGUACAAGAUGAAGGAGGUGGGGCUAAGCGUCACGCAGAAGUGGAACACGGACAACACGCUGGGGACCGAGGUCACCGUGGAGGACCAGCUCACUCAAGGACUGAAGGUCGGCCUGGACACGUCGUUCGUGCCGAACACGGGGAAGAAAAGCGGGAAACUGAAGACCGGCUACAAGCGAGACUACGUCAACCUGGGCUGCGACGUGGAUUUCGAGGGUCCCAUCAUCCACGCCGCCGCCGUUCUCGGCUAUGAAGGCUGGCUGCUCGGCUACCAGAUGGCGUUCGACACGGCCAAAUCCAAACUGUCCCAGAACAACUUCGCUCUGGGUUACCGGGCCGGAGACUUCCAGCUGCACACCAACGUGAACGACGGUACCGAGUUCGGCGGCUCCAUCUACCAAAAGGUGAACGAUGAGCUGGAAACGGCGGUCACUCUGGCGUGGACCGCCGGCAGCAACAACACACGCUUCGGUGUCGCCGGCAAAUACAAGCUGGACAAAGACGCUUCUCUGUCUGUUAAAGUGAACAACGCCAGUCUGAUUGGAGUCGGCUACACCCAAAGCCUUCGAUCAGGUGUGAAGGUGACCCUCUCUGCCCUCAUCGACGGGAAGAACUUCAACGCCGGCGGACACAAAGUCGGCAUGGGCUUCGAGCUGGAAGCAUAAGUGGCCCCGCCCCUUCCCUCCGCCACCUCCUUCAGCCCCCACCCCCCCCUCCGGUUUCUUCUCACACCUGGGACGGGAAGAGCCGAGCCUCGGGCGGUUAGGCCACGGCGGUGCCCAGACGAGAAAAGCGACACUCUUUACGUCCCCGUAGGUUCUGGAUGUUGUAGAUGUUUGUCUGAACGUGUAGCUCUUUGCAGAUGUUGAUCCUCAAAGCAUGCCAGAGGGAAAAGCAGCCGAACCGCUCGGUCAAGGCCGUGCCGUCCUUUCAAUUCCGUUAGUUUCCUGCUGUGAUGAAGGCGCCGCGCUCCACCUGCAGCGGCGAGGUGGAGGGCGCUGCUGCUUUCCUGCUGAAAGACGCCGGCUUUGCACCAAUGGCGGCGGCUCAGGGCGUUCCCACGCCGGGGUCAGGCGUGUGCUUAGAAACUGGAGGAGGGCCAUCAGUGAGAAGAACAUCAGCAGGGCGCCGCUCCCACGCCAUCAUGAUUCCUUCAAACCACAGAAAUGUUUGUCUUUGAAGCUCACGGUCAGAAUGAAGGUUCCCUUUCUUCGCGUUUAGACACACUACCUGGAUUUUGGGAAUUCUAAUAAAAAUGAUGGAAAAAUGUC